AUGAAUCGCUAUAAGGUUACAAAACAAUUAGGUGAUGGCACUUAUGGCUCCGUCUUGAAAGCUGUUCAUCGUCAGUCAGGAGAAGUGGUGGCGAUUAAACGCAUGAAAAAAAAAUUUUAUUCAUGGGAAGAAUGCAUGCAAUUGCGCGAAGUGAAUUCGUUGAAGAAAUUAAACCAUCCGAAUAUUGUCAAACUUAAGGAAGUAGUUCGUGAAAAUGACGAACUGUUUUUUAUAUUCGAGUACAUGGAAUGUAAUCUUUAUGAUAUCAUGAAGAAACGCGAUCGGCUUUUUCCAGAGUCCAAAAUACGAAAUUUCAUGUACCAAAUGAUGCAGGGAUUGGCUUUUAUGCACAAACAUAGUUUCUUUCAUCGCGAUAUUAAGCCCGAGAACAUGCUUGUGAAAGGUGACACUGUUAAAGUUGCUGACUUUGGGCUGGCAAGAGAAAUUCGAUCAAGGCCACCAUUUACUGAUUACGUAUCGACUCGAUGGUAUCGUGCUCCAGAAGUUUUGCUACGCUCUACUACGUACAAUUCGCCAAUUGACGCUUGGGCCAUGGGUUGUAUUAUGGCUGAGAUGUUUACUUUACGACCUUUGUUUCCGGGUAGCAGUGAAGGUGACCAACUUUAUAAAAUAUGCUCAGUGCUAGGCAAUCCAACACACAGUACGUGGCCAGAAGGGAUGAAACUUGCGGCACAAAUAAACUAUCGUUUCCCACAAUUUAUACCAACAUCAUUAGCGCAGUUGGUUCCAAAUGCGAGUCCCGAAGCGCUUCAAUUGAUGACGGAUUUACUCAAGUACGAUCCAAAUCAGCGGCCAACGUCAAGUCAGGCGUUGCAGUAUCCAUUUUUUCAAGUGAACGUAAAUGUGACAAUGCCAAUAACAGAAACAACGCUAAGUGGAAAUAGUCAGCAGUUUUAUGAACAUGAUGAAUCGACCGAGAUAUCUGCAGCAUUUACACCGCCACAAAAGACAUCAGGAAGUCAUAGAUCUAGUAAUGGUUUGUAUGGACAGAAACAGUCAGUGGUAGACAUUGGAGGAUACAGCAGUUUGCGGCCUCAGCCUGUUGUCUCAUCGACAUCGUCGUAUGGCAUGUCGCGAACACACCAGCGGAAUGCAAUGGCAGCAGCAGGAAACAGUGUGCUCACAGGUGGAACAUCGAACGGGCUCGGACUGGAUCGUGAUAAAAUGGGUGACUCACAAAGCAGCCGCUACACACGACAAGCAAGAUAUGCACCUGGCAUGGCGUAUAGAGGCGAUGGCGAUGGAGCCAAAUAUUCUAGUGGAAAACCAUCGUUUGCGCCGAACGGAAUUUCGUUAGGCCCUACUGCUGCUGUUGGUGGUACCGUAGGCGGGGCUGGUUUAAGUAGUUAUAGCAGACACAAGUACUGA